AUGCAAAUACGACUCACGCACAUCGGUCUCAUCGUCACGUUCGCAGCCGUUGUGUACUACACAGAUGCACAGGCGCUGAACGAUCCAAUCACACAGUAUAUUGAAGGUCGCCUGGGGAAUAGGAGGAUAUUCUGGUGUCCUAGCGGUUAUGGAUAUUUGGCAUACUGCCCGCAGCCGACCGAUUGGGAUAACUACAACUGGUGCUGUACAUGGCCAUAUAUGGGGUCGUGGAAACCAUCAUGUUGUCCAUUUGCUAUUCCAACCGGUGCCGUUGUGACAAUUAUAAUUGCCGCAAUUGUUUUAUUGGCAGUAUUGAUCGCCUUGUCGUGUUGGUGCUGCUACUGCUGUCCAUUAUAUAAGCAAUUGUACGAGUACGAGGAAGAUUAG